AAUUCACCGACAAAAUGCAAAUUCCCUACAUGAAGGUGGCGAUAUAUUCGCUUACGUUUCUAACGUACGCUUAUACCGGCUACGGUUCGAACAUGAUAGCGAAUCUGCGCGAUGCCAUCAUAGCGGCGGAAGCCGUCUUUGGAGACGUGAUGAAGAACGUGUUGCAUGUGGCGAAAAAGUUUAAAGUCGUCCAUGAAGUGUUCGAUGCGGCGGUCGAGGAGAACUGUGUGUAUAAAUGUCCUGGCGAUAUAACACCCACACGGAAUAAAUUCUACAUACCGCAGUCGGACGGUUGUGGAUCGCUCGGGAUGAAGAUUAGCACCGAGUAUCUGCCGGCGGUAGAAAUGGAACAGUGCUGCAAUGCGCACGAUAUCUGCUACGACACGUGCAACAGCGAUAAGGAGCUGUGCGAUUUGGAUUUUAAGCGCUGCCUGUACCGAUAUUGCGAUGAUUACGAAAAGAAUGUUGUGGGAGAUAUUGUGGUUAAAGGUUGUAAGGCGGCAGCAAAGAUGCUCUUUACGGGUACGCUUACCUUGGGCUGCAAAUCGUACCUAGACUCCCAGCAACGCUGCUGCUACUGUCCACCGGAAAAGACCGGUGAGGGGACGAAACCCGAGGAACCGAAUCGCAAAUACACGGAUAAUAGCCCAAAGGGCUCGAAAGACUAUGGUAAGGACCGAGAUAAAGGUGGUAAGGAUAAGAACAAAUACGGCUGGAAGGAGCUGUAG